UCUCACGCAAUAACAUGGGCAUGCAUUUAUACCUGUGCAUUGUAUAGGUAAAUUGCUUAAAACCAGGAAUGUUGCAACAAAAAAACAAUCAGGAUGAGUGGAACUGAAGGUGGAGAGCAGUCCCUGUUCUUUCUAAUUCUCCCUGACCUGAGGAAGCUGUGCUGUGUCACCCUGUCCUUGCAGUCUGAUGACGGAGAAGUGAGAAACAAGCAGGUGAAAACAUGCAGGGAGCUGUUGUUAUUGUAUGCAGACAUCAUUGCCUCUCCGGUAUUGGGGUGCUUCUCAGAGAUCACAAUGGUGAUGGCGAUUCCCUUUUUUAAAAGAGGAAUAGUACAAUCUUAUAUACAACGACACAGUCUGCAGAUGGGCUCUCCUCAGAGGGUUCUCCCUGGUAUUCUGCAGACCUGUCUGUCCUACUCCUUGACCAGCAGGCUGGCUCCAAACUGGAACAAAGUCGGACAGUUCCUUAUUGCUGGGAGGGAUUUUCUGGCUGAUUCGAAGAAGCUCAAUGCCAUUGUGAUGGAGCUGAGUGCCAAUGAGAGCCAGCUGUGUGUCAGUGUGGAGGCCAACACUGUCCGACUCCCUCCAAUCAGGUUGGCGGACUUUGACAUCCCUCCCACGGUCCUGAGGAACUUCCAUAGCCAGCCAGAUGCUGUUAUCCAGACCUCCAUGUCUAGCAACUGGUGUUACAUUCUGCCAAGCAUGAAAAGGGGUCAGAUCGUCAGCAUCAGUCACCGGAUGCCCACCGAGAGCCCCUUCCAGUGCUACGCUGAUAUCCAGAAUCACUGGAGCAGUUUGUAUGGCUACCAACUCCCCCAAAUUGAUGAGGAAGAAGUGAUUUAUUGCAACGUAUACUUCAAACUGGUUGGAGAAAGGCUGUUCACAUACCCUCUGAGCUGUAUCCGGACUGAGCCUGUGCAGCGCUGUCCCAGGGUGGACCUCCAGGGGGCGCUCAGCUCCUUCCUAUCCCACCUGAGGGAGAGCCUGCAGACUGUCUGUGGCUUCCCAGCCCGCAUGACCAGCAAGCCCUGCUACCACACCACCAGCCUGUUAAGCAUCGCCUCAGCACAGGUGGCUAGUGGCAAACCAGUGAACUUGACGACCAAGUCAGCUAGCAGGCCUGUGCUGAGUCAACUCCAUGCUCCCUGCCCCCUCAAGCCCUCAUUUGGGGGGGCACCAGGCGCCCAGACUCUCAGCCAGCCAGUGGGACAGAGUGGCAGCAGCAGCUAUCUCAGCACUGGAAGAACCCAGGGGGUCCAUCCCACACCCCCUCAGAGUUAUACCCCAGGGAGAGGCUUGCCCACCUCCUCUCUCUAUCCCAGUGCAGCCCCUCCCCAACCCACCACACACCCCCAACACAGCCAGGCCCCACUGACUGGACCCAAGAUGGUACCCAUCUUCAAGAACAAGACCCUCCCGCGCCAUGUCAAUGUCACCCAGCUUUUGGCUGAGAAGCAGCAGAGGAGAGCCGAGGAGCAACGGCAGACACCUGUGUCGGGACAGAAGAGGGCCUGCCCAGCCUUCUCUUCCUUUUCCUCCUCGUCUGUUCCCCUCUCUUUGCUUUCCUCGUCUACCUCUUCCAAGUGGACAGAGGAAGCCCGCCGGCCCACUCCAGCGUCCAUGCCUCACUUGACCCCCUGUCCGCGGCCUGAAGGGGUUUCCCCACAUUCCUCCCAGGUGCACGCUAGUGAGAGCGCUUUCAGAGUGAGGGACGAGAUCGCCUCGGGUCCCCCUCAUCUUCUUCCAUCUGGCCUGCUAGGCAACAGAGGGGGGGACUGGUUUGAGUCAAAACCAAAGAAGCCAAAGUCUGCAGUGCAGGAUGUGGAUGUGGAGAAGCACGCGAGAAGUAACCAGCUGUCGAAGAUCAAUGUGACGACCCUGCAGGCCUGGCUGAAGAGCCGCGGAGUGGUGGUACGGUCCAAGGAAAGGAAAGAGGAGCUGGUGUCCAAGGUCAUGCGUUGCCUGAGUGAAUCUUGAGUAGUGAGGGUCACCUUCCAGACAGACACAGAGAGGGUCAUUUUACACUAUGCAACAUCACAGAGAACGAGCUGGUUUUACGGGUCAUUGAUAGUGAGCUUUGUAUUGCUAUCAGGUCUCUGUGUUAUCAUUCUUGAAUGAUAUGUACUGUACCUGUAUGGUGUUCUUGUUAUGAAGUUAAUACCCACUUGGCACAGAAGUCAAUUCAACUGAGUUAGUAAGAUGUUUCUGGCCUUGAGUUUGAGGUAAGAACAGAUCAUUUUAUGUAAUAUAUUUAUUGAAUUUAUUUGUUUAACAUAAAAAGAGUAAUAUCUCCUAUUUAUAUAGUUUUGUUUUAUAUUUUAGUAAUUUUUAUUAAUCCCCAUUUCUUGCUUUUCUUGUUCAAUAUGUCAUUUUCUGUAGUAUGUCUGAGCUUUAUUUCAGAAAAGAUAAAAGCAAAUGUCUGUUAAUGGAGUUUUCAUUUCAGAGUAGUACUUAUUCAAUAUUCAGAUCCUUUGAAAUUGUGCAUACACAUUGAUUGCCAUAAUAAAACGAAGAUGUUUUUAAUAUUAAAUAGAAAGGAUUCCCCAUGUAAAAUGAAUAUGGCCCCCUUACAUUUUCUGCUCUUUGCAGAGUGAAU